AUGAUACCUCAGCAACAAAUUUCGCGUAAUAUUUCUCAUCCUUAUUCAUCUUUACCUCAAUCUAGAAACGAUCGUGGUGUAUACAGUCAACCGAUUCUCUUAAUAACAACCGUUCAAUUAUUCAGUGCAUAUUUCAGUUAUGUACCAAAAAUUUUGAACGGUGGUUUAGCGGGAAUGAUCGGUGUGUCGUGUGUUUUUCCGAUUGAUUUAGUCAAAACUCGCUUACAGAAUCAAAGGAUCUCACAUAGUGGAAAACCGCAAUAUACGGGCAUAAUUGAUUGCGCUAAACAAACCUGGCGUAGUGGCGGCACCUCAUUGUUCGCAAAAUUUCGUGGACUCUAUUCUGGAUGCGGUGUGAAUGUACUAUUGAUAACGCCCGAAAAAGCGAUUAAACUGGUUGCGAAUGACUUCUUCCGAUUUCAUUUGUCCGCACCUGGACAACUACCACAAGAUUUGUCCGUUUGGCGUGGUAUGUUGGCUGGAGCUGGCGCUGGUUUUUGUCAAAUUAUUGUCACUACACCAAUGGAACUGCUGAAAAUACAAAUGCAAGAUGCUGGUCGUACACAAACAAAAGCGAGUGAGAAACGAAUGACCGCAAUGGGCUUAACGCUGGAUUUAUUACGAACGAAAGGUAUCGCUGGCUUAUAUAAGGGUGUCGGUUCAACGCUAGCUAGAGACGUCACCUUCUCUACCAUCUACUUCCCACUCUUCGCAUACCUUGACUCGUUGGGUCCACGAUCUCAAGAUGGCAGUGGAGAUGCGGUCUUCUACGCGUCGUUCAUGGCUGGCCUAGCGGCUGCUGCGAUAGCAUCAUUUUCUGUGACGCCUUUAGAUGUGAUCAAGACUCGAAUGCAGACAAUAAGGCUUGGAGUGGGUGAGAUCAAAUAUCGAAAUAUUGGUGACGCGUUCAUCAAGAUCCUGCAACAGGAAGGCGUUAAAGCGCUCUUCAAGGGUGCGGCAUGUCGUAUGAUGGUAAUGGCACCGUUGUUCGGUAUCGCUCAAAUGGUUUAUUAUAUUGGUGUUGCUGAAUUAUGUUUGGGUAUACCUAAAGUGAAACAUUAA